AUGUUCCAUAGGCUUUAUCUCCUCAGAAAAUGAUGAAGCUAAAAUGACAAGAAGCCUGUGUGUGUCACAAUGUAAAGGUAACGAAAGAAAUGGAAGAUGUCCACGUCAGAAUAAGAGUAGAGUUGACGACUUCUACACCAGCAAGCGGGGGACAGACAAAGGUGUCCAUCUGAUAGAAGGGGAGGGUGUGCAGGGGACGCACGAGGAACAGAAAACAAAGUGUGCUGGGAGAGCUCGUGUAAACGUUUCUCUGUCACAACAAAGGGAAGGUGUUAAACUGACCUAUUGAGAGACUCAAAUGGGGUGUAACAAAUAACUACGAAAAGAGCCCAUAGGACGAAAGUGCACAAAGGUUGAAAACAAAAGAGAGAAAGAAGAUGUAACAGACAAACACUGACCAAAAGGAAGCUGGGACAGCAAGAGUGACCACACACGAAGUGGAACUCGGGACCCUCACCACCAACUUGUAAGCAUCAAACAAUGACGCUCAAAGUGCAGAGCAGGUAUCGGCAAUCGUGGCUGAGAUUUUAGUUAUCUCUCACAGAAAUUGAUACUCCCUCAUCUCUAGAAACAGAAAAAUAUGCAUUAUUUUCCAACAUACAAAAUACAAAACAAUGAAAAAGGCAGCUAAGAGAGAAUUUAGAAAUUUAAAAGCAUGUUCCUAACGCGUGGCUUAGAAAGGAAAUGAUGUUGGGAAUUCUGAUAUAUUUGGGACUGGCCAGAAGUACGCAUCUCAGAGCUGGUGGUGCAGCUGAAGCUUAGAUCAGUAUGUACAGCCCGGCUGCAUUUAAUUUUUUGCUUGACUAAAUAAAUGAGCUAACCCUUUAAAGAAGCUAGAAAAUAAGACCAAUCCAACCCAAAGAAAGUAUAAGGAAAGAAUUAGUAUAAUAGAAGAGAAUAAAAUCAAAACAAAUCAACCAAAUCAAAACCUUGUUCCUUGAAAGAUCUAAUAACAUGCAGCAAUUUAUAGAAAUACCAAGAACUUCACAGCAGACAGAGGUUUGACAAUGAAAGAACCAUUAUGAACGACUUUUGCCAAUACAUUUGAGAACAGAUAAAAUAGGAAUUUUCUUUAAAGAAACAAAUUGUUAAAAUUGAUGAAGUAAACUACUUGGGUGGAUGAAAACAAGUUAAAAUGCAGUUUAAAAAAAAUUCGCCCCAAGCAGAUAGCAGACUCAGAUGGAUUUAUAGGGUUAGCCAUACCUGUAAGGUGAAGAUCCUGUACAAAAAUAUCUAUACGAACUAUUCAAGGAAUAUAAAAACAGGGAAAGCAACUCAACAAAUUUUAUGAUGUGAAUUUAACCUGAUAUGUGAAAUAAUUUUGAACGUAAAAACAAAAAUUCCAAAUAAAGUAUAAUCAAAUAAAAUCCAAUUGUGUGUUAUAACCAAAAGUGAUAUGUUCUGACCAAGUAAGUUUGUCCCAGGAAUUCAAGGAUAGUUCAACAUCAGGAAAUUAUUGCUAUAAUUUACCAUAAUAAUAAGUGAAAGGGGCAGAAUGACCAGCUCAAUAGAUGCCGGGAAAAAAUUCAAUUUUUAUUCAACAUUCAUUUAUAGUGUUUAGCCAACUAAGAGUAGAAAAAAAUUUUUUAACGUAAUAAAAUGUAUCUAACAAUCCUCAGAGCAAAACGUUUAGGUCUCUAAAUACUUUAGAACUCUUCCCCAUUGAAGACGAAACAACACAAGGAUGUCCUCUGCUAUUCAGAAGUAUUUACUGGAAGUAUUUGUGAUAACAGCAUCAAAGGAAAAGGAAACAAGGCCUAUAGAUGGGAAAAUAAAUUUUCAUGUCUAGGAAAUCUGGAGAAUUCACAAGUUCUUGAUACUAAUAGGAGUCCCCAAGAUCAACCACAAAAAGUCACUAACAUUCCUGGCAAGAACUACUUGGUAAAUGCUAUUUUAAUAACAAUCAAAUGGUAAAAUACUACAAAUAAAUGUAACAAAGUUUGUAGACAAAAUUAUGAAACAUUACAGAAGGUCAUACAAGAAGGCCUGAAUAAAUGGAGAGAUUUUUAUGGCUGGGACCAUUCAGUGUCACCAAAAUGUUAAUUGUAGUUCCUCCCCAAAUUAAUCUGACCAUUUAAUGUACUUCCAUCGAAACCCCAGCAGAGUUCUUUGUGGAAUUAGGGAAUUGAUGGCAAAAUGUAUUUGGAAGAAUAAAGGUCCAGGUGUGGCGGUGAUGCUCGGGGCGUGGGAGGACAAGGAGGGCUCACCCCAGUGGGAACUGACUGGUCAUAAAGCUGCACGUGUCCAGACAGGGCCGGGUUCGAGCUGAGGAGCUGAUCAGAAUCAGGAUUCCCCAACAGGCGUGUGCACACGGUGACUCGGUGUCACACAGGUGCUGAGACCAGCUGGCGGGUAGAGAGUGGCCUCGUCAGAAAUGUUCCCAUUGCUGGGACAGCUGGCUCUCCAUGUGAAAAACAGUCAAAUUAGGUCUCUCCCAAAAUUUUUUAGAAGUUCAAAAUUAUUAGAAGAAACUAUAGCACAUCCUAUUACCUUAGGGCAAGGAUAGGUUUCUUAUAAAAGACGAAAGAAAAAAGGCCUAUACUUAAAGGAAAAGACGGGUAAAUCUGAGUGUACGAAAUGAUAAGUUUCUGUACACCCAAAGCCCCAUGAAUAAAUGUAAAAAGACAAAGGCCCAGAAGAGAAGGUAAGUUAUGCUCAGAAUCAUAACCUGUAAUCCUUAGAUAAGUUCUCUGUUCCUUAAGCUAAAAAGUAUCAGCAGUAUACACAGCAGUCCCCAAACGUGACAGCACAGCAGGGCCACCGGGUGCUGGUCACAUGCUGCUCCAGGGCCCCUGGGACUCAGGUGCCCGCGUGGAGGGCUGCAGGCGUGGUAUGUGUGUGUGGUAUGCGCGUGGCACUCCAGGUGAUUCUGACGCAGCCGCUUACUGAUGAGGGGUGGCCGGGGUGGGCUAGUUUCAUGGUCGUCCCUGAGUGUCCUGGGGGAGGCCGGCCCUGAGCCCCACGCCAAGGGACAAGCGUGGAGCGGUGCCAAGCAGGGGUCCCCUUCAGGGAGUGGAGCAGGGUGCAGGCCUCCCUCCGGGUCCGGGAGGAACUCCUACCCUCGUAUUCUCGAGGAUCAGGCUGGACCCCGGCCACAGGGAGGCCAGCCGGCAGGUGGCCCAAGGAGGACACGUCAGGAGCCCUCCUGCCUGGCCGCUGGGGCAGCCGAGCACAGGCAGCCCCACCCUGAGAACCUGACUCUCGCACGGUGCCCUCUCCUGUUUUCCUGCAUUUCCUGGGCCGUGCCGACAGACGCCCAGGAAGAACUGAGGAUCUCUGACCCGGGGCCCCAAAGAGGAAGGGAGUCCGGGCGCAGACUCCUCUCCUCUGCCGUCCUCCCCACAGCCAGCCCUGCACAGCCAGGAGGGCUCACAUCCGAGUCGGACAUGAGCUGUGGGCUUUGUUCCAGACGGAGCAGCCGUUUCAAAGUUGGGGGUGACCAGAAGAGUUAGGAGGUCUCCUCGAAAUGUUGUCGAGGGCCAAGCAGGGGGUUCAGAGGCCUUGGAAGGCAGUGACUGGAGAAAAACCACUUCCUGUUUGUGCCUCAGCAGGGACUCUGCUCGGUGGACACAGGUCAGCAAAUAAGCAGCCGGCUGUCAGCAGGCCAACCGUUCCAGGGAGCAAACAAAUGGGGCUGGCAGACCGGUGCGGGGGACCUGCCGUGAAGGGGUGACGAGAAGGAGUCAUCCCCCUCCAGCUGUGGGAGGAGCUGGAAAUCAAAGCACCAUGCAAAGACCCCCGUAGCAGGAAGGUGUCCAGUUAGGGGAGCGAGUAGGAAGAGGCUGGAGCGUGGGCCUGCGGGCCAGGAUCAGGCACCUGGCUUCAUCCUACACACAACACAAGCACGUUGGAGGGACUUACCGGGGAGUUGCACAAUCAGAUCCACGUUUCUGAAAGAUCAUUUUAGAUCUGCAACACCUUAGACAAAUCUCAGGUGCAUUACGCUGAGCACAGGAAGCCCAGCCCGUUCACUCAGCACUCUGGAACAGGCAGGUCGUGCUGGGGGGCCAUGCACCCCAAGAGUCACGUCCACCUGGAACCCCAGAAUGUGACGUUGCUUGGAAGUAGGAUUAUUACAGGUGUAACUGGUUGAGUUGAGGUCACGCUGGAGUAGGGUCAUCACAGGUGUAGCUGGUUAAGUUGAGGUCACGCUGGGGUAGGGUCAUCACAGGUGUAGCUGGUUAAGUUGAGGUCACCUGGAGCAGGGUCAUCACAGGUGUAGCUGGUUAAGUUGGGAGGGGAACAUUCCUGUGGUUGUGAGCCUCCCAGGACGCAGGACUUUGUCAUGACAGCCCCACGAGCCGAACACACAAGGAGCCCAGUGAAUGCAGAGCACAGGCCGAGGAGACAGGCUCCUGGGGGGAGGAAACGUGCCCUGAGCACUCAGCCCACACACAGCAUCUGCCAGGCAGGAGCAAGUGGCAUUUGUGGGGCCGGAAAGGACGGAACAGCACCACCACUCUCCCAGAGGCAGUGGCAGCCCCGUUGCACCAAUUAAAAACCUGAGGCUCGAAAGAAUGAACCACUCAUUCCCCAGGCUAGGAGAAAACAGAGCCAGGUCCGUCUGACCUCGUGCUGCUGUGGAAGGCCAAGGGCGGAGAUGCGGCCAGAGGGGCUGUGACUCGGAGGAGCCGUCAGCCGUGAAGUCCCUCCUGCCCCUCCGUCCUCCAUGAUAAAUUCCAAUAUGAUUAAAUUCCUAAACACUUAAGCAAUUAUCCAUAGUAACAAUUAGAAAUUCCGGAGGUGAUCAAUCAGACGUUCCCCUCUAAGGACUAAUUCCUCCAUUUAGGGGGCAGGGCGGAUGCUGACAGAAACAGGGGCCACGUCACUCCUGCUCAGAAGAGAAGUGAGCACAGCUGGGGUCCCCAGUUCCCACCCCUUCGCUGAAAGGAGGUUCAUGUCCACAGGGUCGAGCCCAGGCCCGCUGGAGCUGCACGCCCAUGUGAGAUGCCCGGGCCUUCCCGGUUCGUCUCCGAGGGGCUCCCUGGCUCAUCUCAGAAACCAGGCGCCCCGGUGGGAACGUCCCAUAUGGUCUCCUCUGGGGCUACCUUCAAAAUUCUUACCUUCCUCACCCAAAUAUGCUCUCCCUUCACCAGUGUUAUCCCCAAGGACAUGGCUUCUUACCUGCAGUUUAAUUUUGUUCCCACCUUGCCGCCGGAAGUCCUAAAGGCUUCGGGAUUCCCAUCUGAGUUGGGUGCACACACCGGAUGCACGUCCAACACGGAUGUUUCAGAGAGGGACAGACGUGGCUGCUCUAUGCCUGGGCUCCUGGACCUGGCCUCCCGGGCGAAGGCCCGCCCUCCUGUCCUGGUCCCCCCUCCAGCCGGGCACCUGGCAGGGAAUUAACACCGGUGUGUCUGGGAGGCGAGGCCUCCCUCCCCCAUCCCUCUCUCGCACGCACCUCGAGGCCGAGAACUUUGCCCGCCUCCCCGACCUGGAAUGUCACCAGACGGAGUGACACCACAGCCCUCACCAUGCUGUCCCAGCCCCGGGGGCUGGCCCUCCUCUGCCUUCUGCUCUGCCUGCAGGGGUCUCUGGCUGCAGUCUUCAUCACCCAGGAGGAAGCCCACAGCAUCUUGCACAGGCAAAGGCGUGCUAACUGGUUCCUGGAGGAGCUGAAGCCCGGCUCCCUGGAACGGGAGUGCAAGGAGGAGCAGUGCUCCUUUGAGGAGGCCCGGGAGAUCUUCAAGGACACCGAGAGGACGAAGCAGUUCUGGCUUUCCUACACAGACGGGGACCAGUGCGCCUCAAAUCCGUGCCAGAACGGAGGUUCCUGCGAGGACCAGCUCCAGUCCUACAUCUGCUUCUGCCUCGACGGUUUUGAGGGCCGGAACUGUGAGACAAACACGGACGACCAGCUGAUCUGCAUGAACAACAACGGGGACUGUGAGCAAUACUGCAGUGACCACGCAGGGGCCAGGCGCUCCUGCUGGUGCCACGAGGGGUACACGCUCCAGGCCAACGGGGUGUCCUGCACGCCCACAGUUGAAUACCCGUGUGGAAAAAUACCUGUUCUGGAAAAAAGAAAUGACACCAAACCCCAAGGCCGAAUUGUGGGAGGCAAGGUGUGCCCCAAAGGGCAGUGUCCCUGGCAGGCUCUCCUGAAGAUGAACGGGGAGCUGCUGUGCGGGGGCACCCUGCUCGACACCACCUGGGUGGUCUCUGCAGCCCACUGUUUCGACAGAAUCAGGAGCUGGAAGAACCUGACGGUGGUGCUGGGAGAGCACGACCUCAGCGAGGAGGACGGCGAUGAGCAGGAGCAGCAAGUGGCUCAGAUCAUUGUCCCCGACAAGUACGUCCGGCUCAAGACGGACCACGACCUGGCUCUGCUUCGCCUGCGCAGGCCCGUGACCUUCACUGACUACGUGGUGCCCCUCUGUCUGCCCGAGAAGGCCUUCUCCGAGAGGACACUGACCUUAGUCCGCUUCUCGUCCGUCAGUGGCUGGGGCCAGCUCCUCCACAGGGGUGCCACGGCCCUUGAGCUCAUGCUCAUCAACGUGCCCCGGCUGAGGACCCAGGACUGUCUGGAGCAGUCACACAGGAUGGAGGGCUCCCCGGCAUUAACGGAGAACAUGUUCUGUGCUGGCUACGUGGAUGGGACACAGGAUGCCUGCAAGGGCGACAGUGGGGGUCCGCACGCCACCAAGUUCCAGGGCACGUGGUACCUGACAGGCGUCGUCAGUUGGGGUGAGGGCUGUGCAGCCGUGGGCCACUUUGGGGUGUACACCAGGGUCUCGCAGUACAUAGAGUGGCUGCGCAGGCUCAUGCGCUCAGAGCCACACUCAGAAGGCCUCUUCCGGGCCCCGUUCCCCUAGCAUGGGCAUGCACUCUUCGGAAUAAAGCUGCUGCUGCUGGGCUUGUCCUGGCAUCAGGUCCUGUAAAUUCUUCUGCAUCUUGGGGUGGG